AUGGAUAGAAGAAGAGCAAUAGGUAUCGAUUUGGGUACAGCAUAUUCAUGUGUUGCUAUAUUUCAGCAUGAUAAAGUGGAAGUAAUACCUAAUGAACUGUUUGAGCGAACAACACCGUCGUAUGUGACAUUUACAAAAUAUCGACGUUUAGUUGGUAGUGACGCUAAAUAUCAAGCAGAUGCUAAUCCAAAUGGCACUAUUUUUAAUGUUAAACGACUUAUUGGUCGUAGAUAUGAUGAUGCAGUUGUACGAAAUAAUUUAAAACAUUGGGCAUUUCAAGUAGUCGAUGAUGAUGGGAAACCAAAAAUUAUAACUGAAUAUAAAGAGCAACUAAAGUUAAUGACACCUGAAGAAGUUUCUGCAUUGAUAUUGAGAAAAAUGAAACAAAUAGCCGAGGAUCAUCUUGGUGGACCAGUUACUGACGCUGUUAUCACUGUUCCAGCUGCUUUCAACGAUUCACAACGUCAAGCAACAAAAGAUGCUGCUGUUAUUGCUGGCUUAAAUGUAUUACGUAUUCUCAGCGAACCAGCAGCUGCUGCGAUGGCUUAUGGUUUACAUAAUCAAAUAUCUGGUGAAAGGCAGAUCUUAAUUUUUGAUUUGGGUGGUGGUGAUGUGCAAAUCGGAGGUGAAGAUUUUGAUGUUCGAAUGAUUACACAUUUUAUCGAAGAAUUUAAACGUAAACAUAAUAAAGAUCCAUCAAAAAAUAAACAUGCUAAGCAACGAUUACGUUCUGCCUGUGAACAAGCUAAAAAAACUCUAUCUUCAUCAAAUCGAGCGUCUAUUAACAUUGACUUAUUCCAUGAAAAUAUUGAUUUCAGAUCAACAAUAACUCGUAUUCAAUUUGAAGAAAUUAAUGAUGAUCUAUUUGUUUCUAUGCGUACAAUUAUCGAAACGGCUUUACGCGAUGCUAAAAUGGACAAAUCAAGUAUAGAUGAUAUUGUGCUCAUUGGUGGUUCAUCACGUAUUCCAAAAAUACGAGACCUUAUACGAGAGUUUUUUAAUGGUAAACUACUAAAUCAAUCAAUUAAUCCAGAUGAAGCUGUUGCUUAUGGUGCUGCUAUUCAAGCAGCUAUAUUAACAGGCAAUAAAUCUGAACAACUCAAAGAUACUUUUUUAUUUGAUAUUGCUCCAUAUUCAUUAGGUAUUGAAACUAAGGGUGGUCAAAUAACAACAAUAAUUGAGCGAAAUACGACAAUUCCAACAAAACAGACUAGAACAUUCGAAGUUUCUCCAUCUUAUCAAGCUGAUAAGAUUGUAACAGAAUUAAUCGAAUACGAUGAGCGACGACCAACAAUGCCAAUGACACAGUUUUUUUAUAAAAGAUGUGAUGUUGAUAUCAAAGUAUUUAAAGGUCAAGAUGGGCUAGCAAUAAACAAUAAUUUACUUGGUUGUUUCACUCUCUCGAAUAUUUUAUUUUCAUCUGACGAGGCUCCGCAAAUUGAAAUAACAUUCGAUAUUGAUGCAAAUGGAAUAUUGAUCAAUGUUUCAGCUAUAGAUAAGACUUCACAAAGGAAAAAUAAGAUGACAGUUCCAAAUGAUAAAGGUCGAUUAUCAAUAUCAGAUAUUGAAAGUCUGAUUAAAAAGUUGGAAAGAUAUGAUCUGGAAAACAAUUAG